GGCAGCCUCUCCCGGGACUAUAAAAGCCCUCAGUCACCGUCCUGGGAGCACGGAGGAAGCUCAACCUCUCAGGUGUAUCUCGUCUAACAACAAUGAAGGCUGUAGUGCUGAUCUUCGCUCUGGCAGUCAUCGCCGGCUGCAACGCCCGUGCUGUGCGCCAGGCAGAUGCCACCUUCACCGGCCUGGAGAAGAGUGUCGAUAGGUUCUGGCAGUAUGUCUCUGAGCUGAACCAGCAAGCUGAUGGCGUCGUGGAGAACCUCAAGGCCUCCCAGCUCAGCAGGGAGCUUGAUACUCUGAUCAGUGACACUAUGGCAGAGGUGGCAACAUACAGACAGGAGGUCGAGACCAAGCUGGCCCCCUACACCUCAACCUCCGCUAGCCAGCUGACUGAGGACUUGCAGCUCCUGGGCAACAAACUGCAGAAAGACAUGAUUGAUGCGAAGGAGCGCAGCAACGAGUAUCUGACCGAGCUCAAGACCAUGAUGGAGCAGAACGCUGACGACGUCCACCAACGCAUCACCACUUACAGUAACAAGCUGAGGAAGCGCCUGACCAAGGACACCGAGGAGAUGAGAGACACUGUGGCCACAUACCUGGGUGAGCUUCAGUCUCGCACCUCGCAAAACCUGGAGGGUGUGAAGGAGCAGGUUGAGCCCUUCGUCCAGCAGGCCAGUGACUCCACCAACAAGAAGCUGAGCGAGAUCUCCUCACUCCUGGAGACCCAGGCUGAAACCUUCAAGACCCAGCUGGAGUCCAGCAUGAAGGAGCUGAGCACCUCCAUGGACGGCAAGUUGGAGGAGAUCACAGAGCUGAUCUCCCCGUACGCCGCCAAGAUCCGCGAACAUUUGGAGAACAUCAUGGACAAGGUUAAGGAGACAACCGCUGCCUAAAGAAAGACUGAGGGUCUUUAAGGGUUUCAGAUAGGUGGUGGGGUUAGGAGGAAUGUGCAAGCCACUCAUUUCUUUGUACCCUGAUAAAGAAAGGAAAGGCAGGAGCAAGGUUACUGAUCAUGUACAUUUCAUGCUUUUAAGUUCGGGAUAUCAUCUACUGCCUUGGUCAGAGAACAGAAGAACUGCAGUCAUUAGCAUUUCCUUUUUACACAAACAGAUGACAAUUAUUUGUAAUAUGCUUCACUGUUCUACGUAUAACUGUUCUAGUACCGCCCUCCCAACUUUUCUACAUUUUGCUGCUUUGUUUAAGCCUCAGACUGGAAUUCUAGGCAAAUGUAUUAGUUACCGUUCAUUUCAAUAAAUGCACUGAAUGAUGUUUAUCAAGAAAUAUCUGCAUCAAUGCAACAAUAUCACUGUUACGUGAUACUGAACCACUCAAGUGCCCUUUCUGUAUUGUCUCUUGGUUGAAGUUGUACUUCAGAAAAAAGUGAAAUAAAACCGACAGCUAUACAUUCGACAAUCUGAGUAAAGUGGCCCGUCUAUUCUCCACAAGUGAUGCCUGCAUUUCACAUGGUUUGUGUCCACUGUGCUGCUCUGUGUAAGUGCACUGCCUUUGACUGCUAUGUGCUGAGUGAAUAAAGAAACUAGAAAAGAUA